AUGAGUGAUAAUGAAACAUUUCUAUCUGAAUUAGAUGAUGGUUUAUCUGAAAAAGAUUGGAAUGGUCCGAAACGAACAAUAUGUGCUCGUUGUGAACGACCGGAACUAGUCUGUCUUUGCUCGCAUUUACCACCAGUACCAAUUCAUCUCGAUCACACAUCCGUUGUCGUUUUCCAACAUCCGAAUGAGAUCAAACGACCCUUAGGUACUGUUCAAUUACUUUCGAAAUGUCUCGAUCCAUCAUCACUCACGGUUGUGCGUGCUCGACAAUUUCCGCGAAAACACUAUCCGCACAUUUAUUCAGAUCCAAAUACUUACUUGCUUUUCCCCAACUCCAAUGCUGUUCUAUUAGACGACGUGAUAAAAGAAAGUGAACAUUACACAAUCAUUGCGCUCGAUGGAACGUGGAACGAAGCAAUGGGUAUUUAUCAUCGUCAUAGUGAAUUACAAGAAUUGAAAACAUGUUAUGUGAAAAUUGAUCAGAAAUCGGAGUUUGUCAUUCGAACACAACCAACAAAAGAAACCGCGUCAACCUUAGAAACCGUCGCGUAUGCUUUACGAUGUACAGAAACAGGCAAGCCAACAUUAUUCGAUGAUAUCGUUCGACCAUUGAAACGUAUGGUUGAAUUGCAAUUAGGUUUAGGUGCUGUUGUGCACGAAGCUAAAUUAAGUCUGAUUGAAAACGGUCAAACACGACGACCAUAUAGUAAAAAACAUGAAAGAUGGUUAAUGACACUGCAGCAUUGA